AUGAUUCCAAAAAAGAUUGCAGCACCACAAUUUCGCAUAUGGUCUCCCACUACACUACUCAGUGUGGCCCUAUGCAGCUUAACUAACGUUGAUCGGACGGGAAACAGUGCUUCCUGCAUGGUAUGGCCGCAACCGAAAGUCCAUUCUGUUUGCCAAAUUCGAAGCAUUGAAUUAUUAUACUGUUUUGCAAGCCAUUAA